AUGCGGAUCACCGAGAUUGUGAUAGACGGUUUUAAAUCGUACGCCGUGCGUACGGUGAUUUCGGGAUGGGACGAAUCAUUUAACUCGAUUACCGGUUUGAACGGUAGCGGUAAAUCCAAUAUCCUCGAUGCCAUCUGCUUCGUUCUCGGUAUCACGAACAUGACGACCGUUCGCGCGCAAAACCUCCAAGACUUGAUCUACAAGCGCGGUCAGGCCGGCGUGACGAAAGCGAGCGUUACAAUUGUUUUCGACAACCGCGAUACCUCGAAAUCUCCGAUCGGCUUUGAGGAAUAUGCGAACAUCUCCGUGACGCGACAGAUCGUACUGGGCGGAACCAGCAAAUACCUCAUCAACGGCCAUCGCGCGCAACAGCAAACCGUGCAGAACCUAUUCCAAAGUGUUCAGCUGAACAUCAACAACCCCAACUUCCUCAUUAUGCAGGGUCGCAUUACCAAGGUUCUGAACAUGAAGGCGGUUGAAAUUCUGUCCAUGAUCGAAGAAGCGGCCGGCACGCGGAUGUUUGAGGAUCGAAGGGAGAAGGCUAUCAAGACAAUGGGCAAGAAGGAACUUAAGCUUCGUGAGAUUGAAGGUCUCCUUAAGGAGGAGAUUGAGCCUAAGCUUGAGAAACUUCGUUCUGAAAAGCGUGCGUUCCUCGAUUUCCAGCAGACACAAAACGACCUCGAGCGCUUGACCCGACUUGUUAUCGCCCACGAUUACGUACGCGGCGGUGAACGACUACAAGUUGCGGGCGAUGAGUGUGAGAGUAAGCGAAACAAAGUCCAGGCGCUGGAGGAAAAUGCCGACAAACUCAAAAACGAGAUCGCUCACUUGGAAGAAGAUGUCAAACGCGUCCGAACCGCUCGUGACAAGGAGUUGCGAAAGGGCGGCAAGUUUCAGGGACUUGAAGACGAGGUCAAGGCUCACUCACACGAGCUGGUUCGAUUGACAACUGUGUUCGACCUCAAGAACACUAGCAUGGAUGAGGAAAAGGAGAAAAGCACGAACAUCCAAAAGACCGUUAACGAUCUUGAGAAGAUACUGAAAGAGAAGAAGGAGAUCUAUGACAAGGUGCAGGCUCAGUAUGAUUCUGCCAAGGCAGAGCUUGAUGCGCAAACUGUGGAGGUGGAACAGAAGGAAGAACUGCUCCAGACCUUACAGACCGGUGUUGCUUCGAAGGAAGGACAAGAGAGCGGAUACCAAGGUCAACUUCAAGACGCCCGCAACCGAGUCAGCAACGCUACUACCGAACAAGAACAAGCGAAACUCAAGAUUACCAACUUCGAGAAACGGAUCAAGGAGGACGAACCGCGUGCGAAGAAGGCCAAAGAACAAAAUUCGGGUCUUCUCAAAGACUUGGAAGGACUGAAGUCACAAGCCAAGAAACUGGAAUCAGAGCUCGCUCGACUCGGCUUUGAGCCUGGUAAAGAGGACCAGAUCUAUCAGGAACAAUCUGGACUCCAGCGGGAUAUCCGCGAGCUUCGACAAAGGGCUGAUGGGCUCCGGAGGAAGGUUGCGAACGUCGACUUCAACUAUGCGGAUCCCCACCCGAAUUUCGACCGAUCGAAGGUUAAGGGCCUGGUUGCUCAGCUCUUCACCCUCAACAAGGAUCAGAUCCCUGCUGCGACCGCCCUGGAGAUCUGCGCCGGUGGCCGUUUGUACAACGUUGUUGUCGACAGUGCCGAGACCGGUACUCAGCUGCUCCAAAACGGCAAACUGCGAAAGCGUGUGACUAUUAUUCCUCUAAACAAGAUUUCUGCCUUCAAGGCUUCUGCAGAGAAGAUCGGUGCUGCCCAGAAGAUCGCUCCCGGAAAAGUUGAUCUGGCUUUGUCUUUGAUCGGCCAUGACGAUGAAGUGAUUGCGGCGAUGAACUACGUCUUUGGAAACACACUCGUUUGCCACGAUGCUGAUACGGCCAAGAGGGUGACAUUUGACCCGUCCGUUCGGAUGAAGAGCGUCACCCUCGACGGCGACGUAUACGACCCCUCUGGAACUCUUUCUGGUGGAAGCUCUCCCAACUCCAAUGAGAAGCAAGGAGCGCCAGCUUGCUACUUUGGAGGAGAAAAUGAAGAAGGAAAAAAGAAGCUCGAUGCUGUCCGAUCGGUUAAGCAGGAGCUGGAUCUCAAGACUCACGAGAUCAAGCUUACCGAAGAGCAAAUCAGCAACAACUCUUCUUCAUCGAUUAUCGCUGCCGUCGAAGAGAUGCGAGCGAACAUCGAGCAAUUGAAAAAAGACAUCGCAGACGCCAAAGCUCGUCAGACAGAGGCAACCAAGGACAUCAAACGUAUCGAGAAAGAUAUGAGCGAGUUUAGCGACAAUAAGGAUGAGAAGCUAGCAGAGCUGCAGAACUCUCUGAAUACUCUUAAGAAGAAUCUCAGCAAGAACUCUGCCUCUGUUAAGGAGCUUCAGAAGGAGCUACAGUCCUCGCGUCUAGACUCCGAACAAGUCGGAAGCGACCUCUCUGCCGCCGAAGAGCAGCUUGCCGAGUCAGGAAAUACGCUGAAGGCUCAAGUGGAGGAGAUCGAUGCUCUGAAGCGAGAGCAGACGCGACUCAAGGACGCCCACGAUGUUGCUCAAGCCCAACUCGAAGAUGAGAGAGCUAAACUGACCGGUUUUGAUGACGAGCUCCGAGAACUUGAGAAGACGAUGCAGGCGAAAUCAUCACAGAUCACGGAGGAGGCCUUGGAAAUGCAGAAGCUUGGUCACCAACUUGAGAAGCUGCAAAAAGAUCAGCACACGGCCGCUCAAGCUGUUGGUCAUAUGGAGCAAGAGCAUGAGUGGAUCGCGGAUGAAAAGGAGCAUUUCGGUCGUCCCAACACCCCCUAUCACUUCCAAGACCAGAAUAUUGCCGAGUGCAAGUCAAUGCUGCGGAACUUGACGGAGCGAUUCCAGGGCAUGAAGAAAAAGAUCAACCCCAAGGUCAUGAAUAUGAUCGAUAGUGUCGAGAAAAAGGAAGCCGCCUUGAAGAACAUGAUGAAGACGGUCAUUCGCGAUAAGCGCAAGAUCGAAGAAACCAUCAUCAACUUGAAUGAAUACAAAAAGGAGGCACUCCACAAAACCUGGGUUAAGGUCAAUGCUGACUUCGGUCAAAUCUUCGCGGAACUCCUGCCGGGCAGUUUCGCCAAGCUGGAUCCCCCAGAAGGCAAAGAUAUCACGGACGGCUUGGAAGUCAAGGUCUCUUUGGGUAAGGUGUGGAAGCAGAGUCUGACGGAGUUGAGUGGCGGACAACGAUCACUCAUUGCUUUGUCUCUGAUCAUGGCCCUCUUGCAAUUCAAGCCAGCUCCCAUGUACAUUCUCGACGAGGUCGACGCCGCGCUGGAUCUGUCUCAUACCCAGAACAUUGGUCGCCUGAUCAAGACCCGUUUCAAGGGGUCCCAAUUCAUCGUCGUCUCCCUCAAGGAUGGCAUGUUCCAGAACGCCAACCGUAUCUUCCGCACCCGCUUCAGCGAGGGAACCAGUAUUGUCCAGGCGCUGACCCCUGCCGACAUGAAAUAA